AUGGCAGGACCGAUUAGGCGAUCGUUAGGACCGGUUAAAAAGCGUUUAAAAGAUAUAUUGGAAGAUAAACCGAAAUUGUUAACGAAAUUUUCGGCAGAGGCUGAGCGUGAUGGUCAUUUGCAGACUUUGAUCGCAUACCGGAUGAAACUAGAACAGAGCUAUACUAGCUAUCUCGGUAUGAAGGAAAAAUUAUUAGAUAUAGCGACUAACGACGACGCCGAAUGUAAACGAUUAGAAACCGAGGCUGAUGAACACGGCGAAAUCGUCAUCGCCUUCGACGAUAUUAAAGCUGAUAUAUCAACGGCGAUCGAAUUAAUUAGCAAGCAACAAAAGGACGACACGGACGCGAGAUAUCGGAAGUAUCAGAUCGACGGCGAAUUAAAAUUGAAAGAAAAAAGCAUAGAGUUAGCAGUCGAACGGGAAAGUAUACAUAAUACAAAGACUGGCUCAACGACGUCAACGAAUGUAAAAUUACCGCGACUCGAUUUGAUUAAAUUUAACGGCGACGUUAUGAAAUGGCAGGAAUUCUGGGAUUCAUUUUCGUCAGCCGUACACGACAAUCGGUCAUUACAACCGGUUGAAAAAAUGAAUUAUUUGAAAGCUCAACUAGACGGCGAAGCAAAAAAUGCGAUUAUGGGUCUUGCGUUAACGAAUGAAACUUACGAUAUUGCGGUCAGAUUAUUGAAAGAACGGUUCGGACAAACGCAGACUGUUAUUAAUGCUCACUAUUCGGCCUUGAUGGAUUUGGCACCGGCGCCAGAUCAAACGUAUAAAUUACGAAGGGUAGUGGAUGCGAUUGAAUGUCAUCUUCACGCGCUCAAAGCUUUGGACGAAGAUAUUAAUCAUCGACACUUUGGCUCGUUGAUUAUGUCGAAGCUACCGAAAGAAGUCGUCUUCCAUUUGGAGGAAAAUCGUGGAAAUGAAAAUUGGGAUGUCGAAAAGGUGCGGGAACGUCUUCGAUAUUUUGUUUCUGCGCGCGAAACGGCCGAACGUCAAUUAUUAGCUUCGUCAACGAAUAAAACGAAAAACGAAUCAAAAAACGAGACAUCGACGAAGACGUCGCCUCAUCGAUCCACGACGGAAACUCUUUUCACGACUGCCAGCGGAAAGGUUCUCGAACAAAAAUGUAUUUAUUGCGAGAGGAAGCACUGGUCGGAUGAAUGCCGGACAUUUGCUACAAUCGAGGCGAGGAAAAAGAAAAUAAAAGGAUGCUGUUUCAUCUGUUUGAAACGCGGUCAUCAGGUCCGCGAAUGUCGACGCGAUCAGCGAUGUAUUUACUGCAAGAAGGUAAAAGAUCAUCAUCGUAGUUUAUGUCCAUCGAAGUUUGCGUCGAACGAAAAAACGGAAUCGGCGUACGUAGCAACCGAUCAUGUAGAAGAAGUAACAACGACGACGCAAGCAACUUUGGAAAAUUCAUUAUUAGCGUCUGGCGAAUAUGUUUUACUGCAGACUGCGACGACGAUCGUUCAAAAUGCAACGGUCGACAAAAAUAGUAUUUCGGCGCGUUUGAUUCUCGAUUGCGGGAGUCAGCGCAGUUAUAUUUCGGAAGCUCUGGUGAAUAAAUUGGGAUUGAAAACGAUAUCGAAAGAGACGCUUUCAGUAUUUACUUUCGGCGCGACUCAACCGACGAAAAUGGAAACGUCAAUGGUAGAAUUAAAAAUAAAAUUAUUAGACGGACGUUUCUUUAAUCUCUCGGCUAACGUCGUUCCAAAAAUUAGAGGCAAUAUACAGCAAUCACCAGUCGAUAUUAAAAAAUUCGGUAUUUUAUAUGAGCAGUUACCUCUCGCCGACUCGAUCUCAAAAAAGGUAGAAAAUAAGUUGGUCGAUUUGUUAAUCGGCAACGAUUAUUAUUGGGACAUUAUUACGUCCGAAAAAAUAGAAUUAGCGCCGGGAUUAUAUUUAAUUGGAUCGAAAUUGGGAAGGAUCAUCAGCGGUCGCCAUCGAGGCCCCGAUUGGAUGAAAAAAUUACCGUCAACCGUAUUAUUUACGUAUUCGCAACCAUGUCAAAUGGCAAAGCUACCAUUUGUUCCGGCCGAUACUCAGUUGGCUGACAAAUUCGAUUUUAAACAUUUAUGGGAUCUCGAGACGAUCGGGAUCAAGGAUCGAAUCGACGAUACGAGUGACGAAAAUGCCUUGCAGGUAUUUAACGAUACGAUACAUUAUAAAAACAAGCGCUAUUAUGUUAAGUGGCCGUGGAAGGAUCCAGACGUUAUUUUGCCAACAAAUUAUCAAUUAUCGCUCGGUCGGUUAAAAUCGCAAUUACGCCGUUACAAGGAUCAACCGCAAUUUUUCGCACAGUAUCAUGCGGUGAUCAAUACCCAGCUCGAAAAAGGUAUCAUCGAAAAGGUCGACGAUCAAUUUAACACCGAAACAAAAAAGCAUUAUAUUCCACAUCACGCGGUAAUUACGCCCGACAAGUCGACUACAAAAUUACGUAUUGUUUACGACGGCUCCGCGAAAUCGAAAAAAGAAAAUAAAAGUAUUAACGAAUGUCUCCAUCGUGGACCAGUUAUGUUAGAAGACGUCUGCCAAUUAUUAAUUCGAUUUCGUCUAAACGAAAUUGCGAUGGUUGCUGAUAUUGAAAAGGCGUUUCUGCAAGUCGGCUUACAGGACGCCGACCGAGAUGUUACACGCUUUUUAUGGUUGAAGGAUCCGACGAUUUUAACGUCGGACAAUAAUUUACAAAUUUAUCGAUUUACACGUGUUCCAUUCGGUAUUAUUUCGAGUCCAUUUUUAUUAGCGGCAACUAUUACAUAUCAUUUACGAAAGGAUGGCAGUGACAUUGCAUCGAAUAUAUUAAAAAAUAUUUACGUCGAUAAUAUUAUUACGGGAACAGAUUCCGUCGAUCAAGCCAUUAUAUUUUAUGAAAAAACGAAGGAACUGUUUAAAACAGCGUCGAUGAAUGUUUGCGAAUGGACGUCUAACUCGGAGAAACUUAUUGACUAUUUACCGGCACAUGAUCGCACACACGGAACUGUUACGAAAGUAUUAGGUAUUCCGUGGAAUACUGAACUGGAUUUAUUGUCGAUUUCGACAUCUGCUAAUCCGACCGAAUUUGAGAUUAUUACGAAACGUACGGUAAUAAAAUUUAUUGCUUCGAUUUUUGACCCGUUGGGAUUAUUUUGCCCGGCAGUAUUACCUGCCAAAUUAUUUUUACAACAGCUUUGGGUCGACAAAUUAGAUUGGGACGACGCUUUAUCAUCAGCGCAAAGCAUAGAAUGGAAUUUUAUUCUUACGCAAAUUAGGCCAAUUUCGAAUCUGUCUUUUCCGCGAUUUAUUGGUUUAACGGCAGCGAACGUCGCUAUUAAAUAUGAAUUACAUUGCUUUUGCGAUGCGUCGCAGAAGGCUUAUGGUACGUGCGUUUAUUUACGUUGCAUCACUGAUACGUCGAUCCUUACAAACUUACUUUUUGCAAAGUCACGUUUGGCGCCCACAAAAAUUAUUACGAUGCCUCGGCUUGAAUUAUUAGCGGUUCACAUCGGCAGUCGGUGCUUAAAAUUCGUCGCCGAUAGUUUACCGUUUCCAGUCGAUGAAAAAUAUUUAUGGACAGAUUCGCAGUGCGUUCUUCAUUGGCUUCAUUCUACGAAGACCUUAUCGGUUUUCGUUACGAAUCGUAUUACUGACAUCAAAAAAUUUUCGAACGUUAAUUACCGUUACGUUUCGACUGAUUGUAAUCCAGCUGAUUUGGCCUCGCGCGGCAAGUCAGCUACCGAAUUAUUUACGCUCGAAAUUUGGUGGCACGGACCGCAUUGGUUGGCCGGCGGCGAUCACGCUUGGCCUUCGAUGAGUUUUUUGUCGAAGUCCGUCGACGCCACUGUUAUUGAUCAAAUAACGUCCGAAGAAAAGGUUUUGAAAGUGUUUUUCGAAACUUCUGUUCUCGCUCCGGAGGUCACCGGCGCGGAUCUCGGUAGCUUCACUAUGCCAUUCGAAAUUGAUCAAACAAGGUAUUCGUCUUUAACAAAAUUAAUCCGAAUUACAGCAUGGUGUAUGCGAUUUAUAAAUAGACUGAAACAAAACAAAGUUACAUCAAAGUAUUUAGCGUCGGAAGAAUUAGAACAAUCGAAAGAUGUUUGGAUUAAAUUUGUUCAGAAGAAAUAUUUUUCCAGCGUCUUAUUAGCUAUUGAACGAAAUCAACGCCAUCCGCUAACAGAACAAUUAGGUCUUUGGUUAGACAAAAACGGAAUUUUACGUUGCGGUGGUCGUUUAGUAAAUGCGAAACUUUCGGAAAAUGCUAUGUUUCCGAAGUUGCUCCCGAAAAAGGAUUAUUUUACGACACUUAUUAUUCAAAAUUAUCAUCAAAAAUUAUUGCACGUUGGCGUUGCGCAUACGUUAGCGCAAAUUCGAAACGAGUUUUGGAUCCCGUCGGGACGGUCGGAAGUAUUUAAAAUUGUUAAACGUUGUCUUCGAUGCAAGAAAUUUGAUGGUGGUCCAUAUAAAAUGCCGGAGAUGCCCGCGUUACCUAAAGCGCGCGUAUCAGAAUCAGCACCGUUUACAUUUACAGGUCUGGAUUAUUUGGGACCACUGUAUAUUAAAGAAAAUGGAAGAACAACAACAAAGAAAGUAUGGAUUUGUCUUUUUACAUGUCUUUCGACUAGAGCGAUUCAUUUAGAACUCGUCGACGAUAUGUCAGCGGAUCAAUUUUUAUUGUGUUUACGACGUUUUAUUGCUCGACGCGUUUACGUCGGAGCGGAUUUUGCAUCUGGUUAUGUAUUAACGCCGGCACAUUUUCUUUCGUUAAAUUAUAAAGUCGGUACACCUGCUACAGAGAUUACGGAAUUGCAGGAUGAAGAGUACAUCCAAAACAUAACGUCGAAGGAUCGACUUUUACAAAAUUGGAAAAGAGGUCAACGUCAUAUAGAACAGUUUUGGACUGUGUGGCGCAACGAUUAUUUACUUAAUUUACGUGAACGUACGCAACGAUUUUUGAGGCAGCCGCACUGUCGUUCGAUUGAAAUACCAAAGGUCGGAGACGUCGUCCAUGUUCGAAACGAUGGACCUCGCGGCUCAUGGCAAUUAGCUCGUGUCAUUAAAAUUAUUAAAAGUUCAGAUGAACAAGUCCGAUCGGCCAAAGUUAUUUUACUAUCGGGCACGGUUUUAACGCGUGCACUUAUGCAUCUGUAUCCGUUGGAAUGCGACGAAAAGUUCGAUAUUAUUGAUGAACCAACGGAAAUUAACGUCGACAAAAACGAAUGUUUAGUUCAACAUCGUCCAAUACGGAAAGCUGCUGAAAAGGCUUCAGCUAAAAUGCAACAAUUGGCUUUACAGGAACUUUCUGACUGA